AUGUCGAUCUUUGCGCACAACUCAUUGAUACGAUACACCACACCACCGAAUAACUACAUUGGCUCAGCGCUCUUUCUGUCCUACAUCAUCGCUGCUCUAUGCCUCACGUCAACCAUUGGCUACUCCCUCUACACACAAUAUACGAAUGUCUUCCACUCGCACCCUUCCUCACCCCCCAGCAAAUUCAGACAAAACGGCGCUGGAAAGGUUGAAACACGCAGUGCGCGCGCUCGGCACAUCAAAAUCUACACCAUUCUUGCACUUGUCAGCUUUGCCAGUAUAUCAUGGCAUAUGCUCGGAUUCCUCAUAACCUCAUUCUUAGACUGGAACAACAGCUCGACGCGCAGUAUUGUUGCUGUGCUGGGUAACAACGCGUUCGACAAGCUGAGGAGGUGGAUGCUAGAGACAGGCCUAUUCAACGACUUUGCUGUUCAACUAGUGGGCGAUGGCGAGAGUGCAGUGUGGGCGCAACUGGCUAUUCUAGCGACUUGGUUUUGGAAUCUGUGGAUGGCUGGUAAAGGUCGCCAAUACGGCUUCACAGCAAAGACAAUGAUCCCCUUCAUAAUUUUAGGCCAAAACCUACCUAUUAGCCUCACAGCCGCGCUGUUCAUCAUUCAGCUACACCUUGCAGCUCCAGAUGUGACCGGAAACAACAAGGAGCGAACACAGACGCAUGCUCAGCCCAAGCAAAGCCCAGUUGCUUCGCUUAUGCUUCCGACUAUCAUACUAAAUGCUAUACUUCUGGCACAGCCGAGCCUGCGAGAACACUCAGGCUUCAGCUACCUCGUGCUCGGCGAGCGUCUGCUUCUUCUCCUGCCGCACACAGGGUUGCUGAAACUGAACGACGCCGACAUCAAGAAAAGUAUUGCAAUUUCCGGUGGCUUCGUCGUGGCAAACUGGGCAAUGUUGAGGAAGGACACUUCUGUGCAAGAUGUCUUGACCGCACUGGUGUACAAAAACCAAGCGGUCAAGACAAUGGGGUGGGAUGCUGCAUUGGGUGUGGUAGUCUAUGGUGCCUUGAGCUGGGGCGGGGGAGUGUAG